AUGUUACUCAAAUCAGUCCUGGCAUCUGCUCUCCUGGCCCUUUCGCUGGGAUCAGAUAUCGCGGCUGCUUUCAAACAUGGACGCUUUGCAGAGAUAGCUCGUGCACCACAGGAGAAGGCUAAACGAAUAGUCGAGGCUCGUAACCACAAACCGAAGAAAUCGGACAAGGAUUACCGCUUCUUGACCAAGAAAACCAAGCAUUACCUGGUGGACUCCCUGCCGGAGGUUGCAUUUGAUAUUGGCGAGAUGUAUUCUGGUCUGGUGCCAAUUGAUAUGGACAAUAGCUCCAGAUCGCUCUUCUUCAUUUUCCAGCCUACCAUCAACGAGCCCGUAGACGAAGUAACCAUCUGGCUCAACGGUGGCCCUGGAUGCAGUUCGAUGGAGAGUUUCUUGCAAGAGACUGGUCGCUUCAUAUGGCAACCUGGUACUUUUGCCCCGGUUGAGAACCCUUAUGCUUGGGUCAACCUUACCAAUGUUCUGUGGGUCGACCAGCCCGUCGGAACGGGUUACUCCGUUGGCACACCAACUGCUAUUUCACAAGAGGAGACCGCACAGGACUUUAUCAAGUUCUUCAAGAACUUCCAGAAGAUCUUUGGAAUCAAGAACUUCAAGAUCUAUGUCACUGGUGAGAGUUAUGCUGGACGUUAUGUGCCUUACAUCUCAGCUGCGAUGCUCGAUGAAAAGGACAAGGAGUAUUUCGAUCUAGACGGUGCGCUGGCAUACGACCCCUGCAUUGGACAGUUCGACACCAUUCAGGAACAACUGCCCGUUGUUCCCUUUGUCCACGAAAAUGCGAACCUGUUCAGCUUCAAUAAAUCAUUCAUGGCAGAGCUUGACAGAAAGCACAAAUCCUGCGGAUACGAGGCAUUCAUCGACAAGUACCUCACUUUCCCGCCGCCCGAAGUUCAACCACCCUUGUUAGGCAGCAGCUUAGACGACGAAUGUGAUCUGUUUGACCUCGUCAACGACGAAAUCCUCCACAUCAACCCAUGCUUCGACGUCUACGAGAUCAACCAGAUGUGCCCGCUCCUCUGGGACGUUCUCGGCUUCCCCACCUCGCUCGACUACACAGCACCUGGAGCAAGCGUCUACUUCGAUCGCAAAGAUGUCAAGCACGCGCUACACGCACCCAAGGGCACCUGGAGCGGCUGUUCCGCAGAGCCCGUAUACGUUGGUGGCAACGCUGGCCCGGAGCAAGAAGGCGAUAUUUCAGCGAACCCGAUCGAGCACGUCUUGCCGCAGGUUAUUGAGGCUACUAAUCGCGUUCUCAUUUCAAAUGGUGACUUGGAUAUGGUUGUCCUCACCAACGGUACGCUGUUGGCCAUCCAGAAUAUGACCUGGAACGGCAACCUCGGUUUCCAGAAUAAGCCAAACACCUCCAUCGACAUUAAGAUUCCGGAUCUCAUGUACGCCAACGUCUUUGCUGAGAAUGGCCAGACUGGUGUCGAUGGACCCCAGGGUGUCAUGGGUGUUCAGCACUAUGAGCGUGGUCUGAUGUGGGCUCAGAGUUUCCAGUCUGGUCACAUGCAACCGCAGUACCAGCCUCGCGUGGCUUAUCGUCACCUUGAAUGGCUGCUCAGACGUACCGAGGAACUCUAG